AUGAAGUUGGAGGUGAAAGUUGACGUCGUGAAGUUCUUCUUGCUUUUUCUGAGCUUCGUCCUUCUGGCUCUGGGUUUGGGUGUGGCCUGUUGUGGCGUUUGGAUCUGCUUUGACUCAGGAAGCCUCAUCGGCGCCGUUUCUUCCGUUCUGCAUUCCACCGCGGUGGACAGCGUCGCUGACCCCAAGCAGCCCCCGCCGGCCGGGCUUUCUGCUCACUCACCUUCCUGCACGGGUGUCAAACUGGGGGCGUGCUGCGGCCUCACCGACUCCUCCGAUUGGCUGCGGAAUUCCUUCGUCCAGAUGCUCAACACGAGCGCGACGCGCGUGCUUCCUUGCUCAUGUUUCCGCUCGCAUCGACGUAACUUGGAAUCGACGCCCUGGUGCUCGCCUGACCUCAACGUCCCGCACGCCAUUGCACACGCCAACCGCACUCACACGCAGGGCUGCGGCGAGCAGCUCAGCGAUUGGCUGCACGAGAACAUCGUGACCAUCGUGGGUGCGGACGUCUGCCUGAUGGUGGCGCAGGUCCUGCAGUUGGCGCUGGCCGUGGAACUCUGGAGGAUUUUGAGGACGACCAAUAAGAUGACGGACGCUGACCACGCCCACGUAGGUCACACAGCCACCCGCAGUGAUGAUGCUGACUCCGCCCACUGGGUCCCAAGUAGGCCAGUCGACUUUUGA